AUGCUCGCGCCGCCGCUGAACAUCCCCAAGUGGCUGAAGGAGAACGGUCACCUCCUCCAGCCGCCUGUGAACAAUAAAUGCAUCUAUGACGGCGGCGACUUCACGGUGAUGCUGGUCGGCGGGCCUAACUCGAGGAACGACUAUCACCUGAAUGAGACAGAGGAAUGGUUCUACCAGCUCAAGGGCGCCAUGACGCUCAAGGUCAUUGACAACGCAAAGGUCGGCGAGCGGGUCAAAACGAAAGAGGGUUUGGAGGCGGUCGCCGUAACGGGAGGCGAGUUCCGCGAAAUCACGAUUGACGAGGGCGAGAUGUUCUUGCUUCCGGGGAACACGCCUCACAACCCCUGCCGAUACGCCGACACUGUGGGAAUCGUGAUUGAGCGAGUAAGACCUGGAACUGCUGUCGACCGGCUGCGAUGGUACUGCCAGAACCCAGAGCAUGCUUCGCCAACCAUCAUUCGCGAGGUCUCGUUCCACUGCUCAGAUCUCGGCACGCAGCUCAAGCCGCUCAUCAACGAAUGGAUGACCAAGGCUGAGCUGAGGGUUUGUCCCGAGUGCGGGAAGGAGGCGGAGGCGAAGUGA